GUGCAGAAGGAAAACAGCUGGUUAACGACCAAUGUCACAGUCUGUUCUCUUCGUCCAACAUGUACGGGUACCGAGUGUGUUUCCAGACCAACAUCACGAUCACGAACCCGCUGACAUCUUCCUUGGAUUUAAAUGAAUUAGCAGAGAACCACUUCCCUCGAUUAAACUAUAGAGUAAUACGAGUCGCUAACGUAACGUCAUAUGUUGUAGAAAUACAAAACUGUCUUCACAAAAUGAUGUACGCUGUGGUGCGCUAUAUUAUAUUUGUUUAUUCGCUGAACUUUCUGAACCGGGAUGAAUUUGAACAAGAACUCAUGGGAGACGAGCUGAUACUGACAAACUCUAGCGUGCACGUUCAAUACCAAGGAGGAUGUAACAGCAGACCAACGCAGCCACUAACAAGAGGUGACGAGUAUCACUGUUCUACGCAGUUUGUCCAAUUUGUCUUCCCAAAGGAAUUGCCGGUAGAAGCAUAUGGCAUGAACAUAUAUCAGCAUGCCCGAUACAUUCAGUUAAGUAAGCAGAUCAUCUGUCCAAGGGUUGUUCUGAAUUCUUCAAAAUACAUUAUCCAUCAUCGUGACAGCAUGUCUAAUGGUGGAGAAAAUGAGAUCUCUACAUUUCCCGUUUUAACUCUUUUAAGCACUCAGACUAUUCUAAAAGACGGAGAUUUCCAAGAUCUCGGUAAUGGAUCUGUCGCCAUCUGCGUUAGUGACUACAUGAAUGCUACUUCCCAGGCGUCUAUUCUGUGUAAUAACCAACAUGGUGUGACAAGUACAUUUCUUGGUAUCUUUUCCUUUGUCUGUACCUCGGUGUCAUUGCUAUUUUUAGCAUUAACAUUUUUAACAUAUUGUCUGUUUGUAAGUAUGCGAACAAUAGGUGGCAUGUGCAAUAUGGGACUUGUAUUUACAUUAUUUUCUGCACAAAUUGUGCUUGAAUUUGGAAUGGAGCAAAACCAAGAUGUCGUUGGUUGUCAGGUUAUUGGGAUUUUUAUUCACUUUCUUUGGUUGGCGGCAGUGUUUUGGAUGAACGCGUGCACGUUUUUGCUUUUUCUCAAGUUAUCAUUCCCUCUUAAGAGUAGGAAUUUCGGUCACAAUGUGACGAAAAUAUUUUGUCUUUCUGCCUUAUAUGCCAACGGGACUUCUGCGUUAAUUGUUUCGUUAAACACAAUUGUAAAUAUUGCGACCCGGGGUGAUAUUGGCUAUGGGGGAAAUAUUUGUUACCUUAAUACCUAUUUUUCUCAAAUAUAUUUCUUCAAGAUUCCAAUAGGAAUCAUUGUAAUUGUAAAUAUUGGUUUGUUUAUCUUCACGGUGUGUAGAAUUCGACGCAAUGUUUCAGUAAGCAGUACACGAGAGAGUAAGAUCAAUCUAUUUUCGUGUGUUAAGUUAUCCGUCAUCACUGGACUGGUGUGGCUCUCCUCAUAUCUGUAUGAGAUAUUCCACAUCACAGCGUUUGCCUACAUCUUCACACUGCUUGUUGGUGCACAGGGUGUCCUUUUCUUUGUCGCUGUUGUAGUUAACAGAAACGUGCUGUCGCUUUGGACCAGUUUCUUUGUGCGAAUGAAGAACGGUGUUUUUAAGGGGCAUAAACAUUCAGACAGGACUACCUCAUCUAAAAACAUAACAAGACUCAGUAACAUUUCACAUAGCGAUAGUUAUGAACUUACAAUAAGACGUUCGAAAUCAAGAGUGUAA